UGCCGAUGAGGAAGAUGGCGAAUGUAUGGAGUAUGGUUAUCCACUGCAGAAGCUGAGAGAGGGGGAGAGAAAGAGGAAAAAACUGCAUAGGAGCGGGUGUUGAAUUAAACCAGAUAAUGACGACAGAGAGAAACCCCUUGGAAAGAAAACGGAUUGUUUGAUCGGAACAUAGAACACUCUCCAUCCCAGCCCCCCUUGCCCAACACAGAUUCACAAAUUGCCUCAGUCCAAAGCUAGCUGCGAUUUCCAGCUAGCUAGUAGGGUUGAGGGGUGUUGGGGUGGUGGUGCCAGCGAGCCGCAAGGAACGAACGAACCCCACAGUUACAACGCCUCAAGACGGGGUAGCUCGCCGCUGGACUCGCAGGGAGGCCAGAAGCGCACGGAAGCGGAGAUAGGUGGUCAGGAGGUACCGCUACCUAGCUAGUUAGCUAGCUAGCUACCAGGCGAGGCAGCAUGUCCUGCUCUUCAGACAGCGAGGAUGACAGCUUCAUCGCCAUGGACACGGAGGAGGGCGGGGCCGGGCCGGGGCAGGGCACCGCGGAAGAGGCGGAGGCGGAGCCACGGGCCGGCAAGGGUUUAGCGGAGAAUUUCCGGGAGACGGCGUGCGCGAAAGAGAGAGCGGGGGAGAGGGCGAUGGGGGAGUUACCCGAGGAAGUGCUGGAGUACAUACUGUCCUUCCUGUCCCCCUAUCAGGAGCACAAGACCGCCGCCCUUGUGUGCAAACAGUGGUACCGCCUCAUUAAAGGUGUGGCACAUCAGUGUUACCAUGGUUUCCUGCGGGCCGUCCAGGAGGGGAACAUCCAGUGGGAGAGCCGGACGUACCCGUACCCUGGCACCCCCAUCACACAGCGCUUCUCCCACAGUGCGUGCUACUAUGACUCAAACCAGUCCAUGUACGUGUUCGGCGGCUGCACCCAGAGCAGCUGCAACGCUGCCUUCAACGACCUCUGGAGGCUUGACCUCAACAGCAAAGAGUGGAUCCGACCCCUGGCUUCUGGAUCCUACCCCUCCCCAAAAGCGGGGGCCACUCUGGUGAUGUACAGAGACCUGCUGGUUCUUUUCGGGGGCUGGACCCGCCCCAGCCCUUACCCCCUGCACCAGCCAGAGCGUUUCUUCGAUGAGAUCCACACAUACUCCCCCUCCAAGAACUGGUGGAACUGCAUAGUGACAACCCACGGGCCUCCGCCCAUGGCCGGCCACUCCUCUUCGGUCAUUGGCAGCACCAUGGUGGUGUUCGGAGGGUCACUCGGUGCACGGCAGAUGAGCAAUGAGGUUUGGGUUCUGGAUCUGGAGCAGUGGUCCUGGUCCAAACCGCCCGUCUCCGGGCCCUCCCCCCACCCCCGCGGAGGGCAGUCUCAGAUUGUGAUUGACGAGAAGACGUUGCUGAUUCUGGGAGGCUGUGGGGGCCCCAAUGCUCUGCUGAAGGAUGCCUGGCUCUUGCACAUGGGCUCCUCCCCCUGGACGUGGCAGCAGCUGCGGGUGGAGAACGACGAGCACGGAGCACCAGAGCUGUGGUGUCACCCGGCCUGCAGGGUGGGCCAGUGUGUGGUGGUGUUCUCCCAGGCCCCCUCCGGCCGCGCCCCCCUGAGCCCCAGCCUCAACUCGCGGCCCUCCCCCAUCAGCGCCACACCCCCUCCCCUGGGCCCCGACCCGCCCUCCAUGCGCUCGCAGUCGCCGGUGCGGAGCGGCGCGGCGGGCGUGGUCCUGGGCGCGGCGGAGGAGGCGCCGUGCGUGAACGGCCGCUGGGGGACGCUGCGGCCGCGGCCGUCCCCCAGAGGCGGCGGCAGGGACGGGAGCCCCUCCUCCUCGCAGCAGCAGUCUCCCUCCCGCGGGCCCGACAGCCCCCCCUUGCCCCCGCUGCCCCCGCUGCUGAAUGGCUCCUCCCCUUCCCCCCGCACCAGCCCCGCCCAGGUGGCCUCCCCGCCGUCCCGCCCCCACCCAGCCCACUCGCACCCCCCGGUCCCUCCCGACUACAGCUGGGACUCCCCGCCCUCCUCCACCACCGCCUCCAGCUCCACGCUGGAGCACGCCAGCACCAAUGGCCUGCACACGCCGCCCGGCUCCCCCCGCACCCCGCCCGGGGCGGUGUCGCCCGGCGCCCUGCGCCGAGGCCUGGAGGCCGUCAAAGCCCUGUCUUCCUCCUCCCAACCGCACGGAGGGGCGGCGGCGGGGGGAGGGGCCUCGGCCGGCACGCCCCCUUCCUCUUCCUCCUCCUCCUCCAGCCCGCCCCAGGUGGCCGCGGUUGACGGACACUCCAUCCCUCCAAUCGCGCGGCGGCUCGGACACCACCCGCCCCAGAGCCUGAACGUGGGCAAGCCCCUGUACCAGUCCCUCAACUGUAAGCCCAUGCAGAUGUAUGUGCUGGACGUGUCGCAGGCCAAGACGAGCGGACUCGUCUCCUGGAAGGUUUUCGGGGGCGGGGGUUCGGCUGGGGGCGGGGGGGCCGCGGCAGUGGUGGGGCCCCCCGAGACCAGCCUCCACACGGUGGUCCAGGGCAGAGGCGAGCUGAUCAUCUUCGGGGGCCUGAUGGACAAGAAGCAGAACGUGAAGUACUACCCAAAAACCAACGCCUUGUAUUUCGUGCGCGCCAAGAGAUAAUGCCACCCCCCCUCCCCUGCCCUGAGCGAGAGACGCAGAGAACAGAAAGGAACCAGGAGCCACGCGCAUCUGUCUACCCUCCCUCCAGAAGAGGGGAGGGGCUUCCUUGGCUGGUGGGCUUGUCGUAAAGGGCUGUGCAGUGAGGGCUGACCCAUGCUUUUGCUGGAGGGACGUGGGAGUGGGAGAGGAAAUGGCCGCACUCGCUGAUGUGAUUCUCCAAAUUCGCUUCUCUCCCCCCCCAAACCCCUUUCUCAGAAUUUCAGCCAGGUGAUUGGAACAUGCGCAUUUCAGAAUGUACAGUGAGGGCUGCGGAUGCUUUCUGGCUGUGAUUGUGACUGCUGUGUUAUUUUGGCUGCGAACGAAUAGCACCUAUAACCACCCCCUUCCACACCCCCGACUUGUCUCCUACCACCUGCGCGACUCCCCUGAGAGCGAAAGCAGGAUGUGGGACAGUGGAUGUUAAAACUGAGGGGGACUUUUUUUCCCCUCUGGACUUUGCAUUGGAUAUUUCAUCUCUCCCUCAUGCUCUCCACCUUGACCGGGAGAAAGAAAGAAGGGAAGAGACCAGACUGAGAAUAUCUUACGGAAGGGAGGAGUGGGUCGACUUCUGUGUGUGUGUGUGUUUUUUUUUUUAUUUUUACCAUUUUGUCUUUUCUGUUCAUGAAGAAACACUUUCAAAGUGCAUUGUUUACAAGAAGGGUGUGUGUGCGCGUGCGUGUGUGUGGAUGCAAGUGUGCAUGCUGACACCUGCGUUUUGGCUCCCGCCGGGGCGGGGCAGAGGGUGGGGUCAGGCACACUGUAAAUGGAGGAGGAAUGAGUGUGAUGUUUGCUUGCAGAGGGAUGGGAGGAUUGCAUAAAAAUGAGGAAAUGAAUAAUGGAAAAUAAAGUGGA